AUGCAACUGUAUGUCGUACUCUGCUUCGUGGCUCUUCUCGGUCUCUCCGUCGGGCAGAUGACAUUCACCGAUCAGUGGACCAAGAAGCGUGCCACGCUUCACAAACAGCAAUUUCCAGUGGUAACCCCAGAAGAACCAUUGUGCCCAUCGGACCGUGUUCAACAAGUUUUCGAGCAACUCGCCCAACUCCAAAAAGCCCAACAACGUCUCACCGAAUACCUUGCCACGUGUGCCUAUCCAGUCGACGUCUCCCCACCGAAAAACGAGGAGAAACAACACUAG